CUCUCACUCUCCCUUGUCCCCCCUCUCCUCCUCCUCCUCCUUCCUCCGUCCCUCCUCGCCGCCCGCCCCCUUUCUCUCAGUCUCCAUCGUCCCUUCAUCUCCAGUCCGCUUGUGUUGUCUCGGUGGCUGGUCGGUGUGGGAGAGCGGAUCUCGCGAGUGUUGGAGUUUUGGUGAGAGUUUGUGGAAGAUGGCGCCUGUUGUGACAGGGAAGUUCGGGGAGCGCCCUCAACCACAGCGCCUGACGAGAGAAGCGAUGAGAAACUAUCUGAAAGAGCGAGGAGACCAAACCGUUCUGAUCCUCCAUGCUAAAGUUGCACAGAAAUCCUACGGCAAUGAAAAAAGGUUCUUUUGCCCUCCUCCAUGUGUGUAUCUGAUGGGCUGCGGCUGGAAAAAAAAGAGGGAACAGAUGGAAAGAGACGGCUGCUCGGAGCAGGAGUCUCAGCCAUGCGCCUUCAUCGGCAUCGGGAACAGUGACCAGGAGAUGCAGCAACUCAACCUGGAGGGGAAGAAUUACUGCACAGCCAAAACGUUGUACAUCUCCGACUCAGACAAGCGCAAGCACUUCAUGUUGUCGGUGCGCAUGCUGUACGGCAACAGCGCCAACAUCGGCGUCUUCCUCAGCAAGCGCAUCAAGGUCAUCUCGAAGCCUUCCAAAAAGAAGCAGUCGCUCAAGAACGCUGACUUGUGUAUAGCGUCUGGAACAAAAGUGGCACUGUUUAACAGACUGCGUUCUCAGACGGUCAGUACACGCUACCUCCAUGUGGAGGGCGGGAACUUUCAUGCCAGCUCACAACAGUGGGGAGCCUUCUAUAUUCACCUCUUGGAUGAUGAGGAAUCCGAGGGAGAGGAAUUCACCGUGCGUGAUGGUUACAUUCACUACGGCCAAACUGUCAAACUUGUCUGCUCUGUCACAGGAAUGGCCCUGCCACGACUGAUCAUCCGGAAGGUGGAUAAGCAGACGGCCUUGUUGGACGCAGACGACCCCGUGUCUCAGCUGCAUAAGUGUGCCUUCUACCUAAAGGAUACAGAGAGGAUGUACCUGUGCCUUUCCCAAGAGAGGAUCAUCCAGUUUCAAGCCACUCCAUGCCCAAAAGAACCAAAUAAAGAGAUGAUCAAUGACGGUGCCUCUUGGACAAUCAUCAGCACGGAUAAAGCAGAAUACACCUUCUAUGAGGGAAUGGGUCCAGUCCACUCAUCCGUCACACCGGUGCCUGUUGUUGAAAGCUUACAGCUGAAUGGUGGAGGAGACGUAGCGAUGCUGGAGCUAACAGGGCAGAACUUUGCUCCAAACCUGCGCGUGUGGUUCGGGGACGUGGAAGCCGAGACUAUGUACAGGUGUGGAGAAAGCAUGCUGUGUGUCGUACCGGACAUCUCGGCGUUCCGCGAGGGUUGGCGGUGGGUGAGACAGCCAGUACAGGUUCCCGUAACACUGGUGCGGAACGACGGCAUCAUCUACUCCACCACCCUGACGUUCACAUACACGCCGGAGCCGGGCCCCAGGCCUCACUGCAGCGCAGCCGGAGCCAUCCUGCGCUCCGCUAACAACACCCCCAACACUGACACACCGAAUUCAGUCACGGCAAACUCCUCCAACGCCACAGCCGCUGUGGUCUCAUAACACACAUGAUAGCACUCGAGAACUUUAAAAAACAAAACAAAAAACAAAACAAAAAAAAAAACACAAAACAAAAAAAAAAAACUACAGGUACAUUUCAACAAAGUGCUGCAUAUAGAUUUCAAAACUGAACAGUUUAUUGGGCAACAUAAACACAAAGUCAAGGAGUCCGGAGAGGAAAACCGAACAGGGGGGAAAGCGAAGCGGGAUUGGAGGUCGACGAGAGAGUUGGCGCUUGGUGACGGACAUGGCCGAACCGGCUGAGAACACCCGCGCCUGUCGAGAUCCAGAAGACGAGAACAUCCGACCGUAGCAAUGAUGCAUUUAAUCAAGAAGUCUCUACGCCACCUUUUAUUUGAAUUCCAUCUAUCCCCCUACACUUUCCUGGUUUGUGUUUGUGUGAAGGAGUACAACGGCUUAUCACCUGUGGCUCGGUCUGGACUUAUGAGACGAGGGUCACGUUAAAUUUGUAAAUGAAACGUAGUUUUUAUGGACCAAGGUUAUUGCGUAAGCUUUAGUAAAGGUACAUUUUCCUCCAUACAUUUCUUUUUUGUAUCUAAACAUAUAGUAUGCUUUUGUUACCAAAUAGAUUCUGUUCCUACUCUGAGUUUUUACACAUUUUUGGUUAUUUCCUUUCUUUUAUUUUCCAUUCGGGAUGCGGCAUAGCAGGGUGCUGUGGCCGUCUCUUGGCUUUUGUGUAUAGCUUUUUUCCCACCUAUAUACGUAUAGAUACGUGUAUACGUAUCUCCUUUUCACGUUUGCUCGGACUUCAUUUUUGAUACUUCUCAAUUUUUGAUAUGGGACUUGUAAUUUCUUUCUUUUUUUUAUUUGAAGUUGUUUUGCUUUGGGAAGAAACUCAGAGGGUCUAUUUUUAUUAUUGAUUUUUUUUUUUUUAUUAUUAUUAUUAUUUAGAUUUUUUUUUUUUUUUACACAAAUUCUCUGAAAAGAACAAAAAAGCUUUAAGCAACGCCUCUGCCUUGUCUGCAAUAUGGCGUGUAUAUGCUUCCUUUAAGGAUUUUAUAAUAGUGUGUUAGGUAUCACAGGAGGAGCAGCGACGUCUCUCUUCCUCCUGUUCAAAACAGCGAAACGCACCGGUCGCAAUACAGAGGUGUGUCCACUAAACCGUUGCCGCUCAAUACCGAUCGUUUCUAGCGCGCACACGGCGUGGGACGAUGGGACGCAGCGCUGCUGUGUUUGGACGCUGUUGCCAUCCGAGCGUCUGGACUGGACAGAUUAUCUUUCGGGUCGAGCUCUGAAAUCAUGGUGUCUCCUAAAAACAUGUUUAAAAUUCCUUUGUCUUCCUAAAUUUUUUUUUAAUUUUGCUAAUAGGAUGUUGGAAUGAUUUUUAUUAUUAUUAUUAUUUUUUGUUUUUUUACAAAAUAACUGGAUUAUUUAAUAUUCUUCCAUUAGACGUGGCCUUACUGUAACAACACAUUUAGUUCAAGUGCAGUUCACACCUUAAGACCGUGGCCUGUGACUAUAAACUCUUGAGCUCAGCCUUGUGUUGUUGUUUUGUUAUGUUUUUUUUUAUUCAUUAACAAGGCUGUUUAAAGUUCAGACUUGACGCCCUUAACUUCUGCAUGUGGUCAAAACUUUUCGAUGCCCUCACAUUAACAUACCCAAAGAUGUUGUAGUUGUUUCCGUGUGUGGAAUUAACGGAAGAGUGUGUUGGCAGCCGUGGCCUCUCGUACACCAAAAAAAAAAAAGAAGAAAAAAAAAGGUCGAGCUUUACUUUUUUCGUCACUUAUCGAUGUGUUCCUCGUGGCCUUGCUAACACACUAAUGUAUCUGAAGAUUAUUAAUGCCAGCUAGGAGAAACUAACGAAUCAGCCUGCUGUAGUAGUUUUGUACAGUAGAUUAACUUGCGUGGAGCGUCACUAUGCUUCCUUUUGCUAAAAGCGUUCGUAUUUCAUCGCGCCCGCGUCUGCGCAUCGUAGCCUAGCGACCUAUCUGUUUCCCCAGCGAUCCGGUGUGUGGUGACGAGAGACUAGAGAAGUGUCCAGUAGAAGUUUAAUGCCCUUUAGAUGUACGUUUUGUUGUUCAAAGAUGUAUGCCUACAGCAAUAUUGUAUAGGUUCUGUGUCUCGGUCUGUGGGAGUAAGCACUGAUUUUCACCAGCCUGAUCCACGUGGAGUGGUUCUGAUCAACAGCACGCGCGCCUGGACUUCACUUUGCCCAUCACUUUACUGUAGACUAAUAUGCAGUGUGAUUUUCUUUUUUUUUUCUUUUCCUUCUUUAAAGAAUAAUAAAACGACUUCCCUGCUCGAUUAGCGAACGCUGAAGGACGGUCUUUAAAACCAA